AUGGAGUUCUUCAAUAACGUCGGAGCCGAUACUCUCAAGCCUUCGCUUUUCGAGCUGGUAUCUCAAGAGCAGCUCAGAGACUUGUUGCAGCCAGCACUCAAGUAUGUUCUAGCUGUCUUUGCCCAACGAUAUCCUCGAUAUCUUCUGCGUAUUGUGAAUCGCCAUGAAGAGUUCUACGCCAUCCUUAUGUUCGUAGUGGAGCGGCACUAUCUAAAAAACCACGGCGCAUCCUUCUCAGAGAAUUUCUACGGGCUAAAACGAAGGCGCCGACCAUACAUCGAGGCUGAGAGAGAGAAAGCUGCUACAGGAGGAGUGCCAGCAGGAGAGAAGCUUCGCCGGCAAGAGAUAUGGCGGUCGCUUCUCUUCUUGGUCGGUGUACCAUACCUACGUGCCAAAGCGCAUGAUUACUUUGAGGAUUUGGAUGGAGGUAUCAGUUCCGAUGUUCUCAACGAUGGAGCAGAUGUUCGUCAGGUUCGAAUGUUGACUGACCAGUCGUUCAAAGGCUGGUUGCGACGGGCAUACAAGACUUUGUAUCCUUGGUGCAAUGCAGGUUUCGAAGUCUGGCUAUUGGCCUAUAACGUCGCAUACCUCUUUGACCAAACACCUUUUUACCGGCCAUGGUUGGCAUGGAUGGGCGUAGAUCUGCGUCGGCUGGGGAUAGAAGACCUUCGUGCCGCAAGCUUGAAAGCCGUACAAAGUGCACCUGAUGCUAAGGGGCGUGGACUACGACAACUUCUGAGGUCGUCACCGCAACUCCUUCUCGAUUCCUUACGGCUUCUCCUUCCAACAGCCGUUUUCUUUAUAAAAUUCUUGGAAUGGUGGUAUUCACCUGGCUCUCCUGCACGGUCGUUGUCAACGUCUCCGUUGGGACCCGCUGUUCCGCCUCCGCGCAUGUUACCUCCGCAUCCGCAAGGUAUUGCCUUUGAUAAACAGAAAUAUGGAACAUGCCCCCUCUGUCAGAGGAGUAUCAACAAUGCCACGGCUCUUCCUUCUGGCUAUGUGUUUUGUUACCGAUGCGCGUAUGAUCACAUAGAGAAGCAUGGCAAGUGCCCAAUAACACUCCUCCCUUCCAGGGUGUGGCAGCUUCGCAAAGUGCUGGUCAAUGAAGGCCAGCCUUACUUGCAGCAUCCUUACCCCAACUUGCCCCUGAUUUCAUUUCAGUUUGGCAAGCACAUCCAAUCUCACCAAGUACCAGGAUGGUCCGCGUACUAUCUCGACUACAAGUUUCUCAAGAAAAUCAUUUCUUCUCUUGCUGCCAAUCGUCCAGCCUCGGAGGCAGCUGCAUUGGCCUUGGGUUUGCGUCCAGUGGAUCUCUUGAACCAGUCCUCAACCCCUGGCGAGCCAUUGAGCGCGUCGCUCGAGGACGACCUAGGUCGUCCUCCAGUUUUCUCAGAGUCUGGACUGGAUGAAGAUCGAAGUCUUGACUUUCGAGCUCACAAAGCAGCGUUCUUCUUCAAACUUGAGCGGGAGUUGGAAAAGAUCAAUGCUUUCUACCUACAAAAGGAGGCUGAAUUGCAGCUACGGCUAGAGACUCUACUUUCCAAACGUCGCGCCGCUGCCAUGAGAGGUCUCCCGGAUUCGGUCAACGAUUCUACCCAGUCUCAUGUUGAAUGGAGCGCUGUCGAAGAAGGAUUUCGACUUCUCGAGCGUGACCUUGGGAAACUGCAGCAAUUUGUCGAGAUAAACGCCACUGGGUUUCGCAAAAUUCUCAAAAAGUUCGAUAAGCGGUCAAGGUCUACAACCAAGGAGCUCUAUCUCGCCAGGCAGGUCGAUGUCCAGCCUGUGUUCAACCGACAGCUGAUAUCAGAGCUUUCUGAUACCGUCGCUGCCUGUCUUCUUGAUAUCACGGACCUCUCUUCUGGUCUCAAGUUCGAAGGACCAGGGGCCAAUGAUAUCUUCACACAACAGUUAAUGGCUGAACGAACACCGUAUGUAGGCCCGUUCCACGACCUUGAAAAGAACCUACGCAAGGCUGUCACGAGUGCCGACCCAGCCGCUAUAACAGACUGCGUGCGUUACUCUGAUGUGCUUUCUCAGGAAGCCGACGCAUCAAGUAAUGUCACCCGCAUACUCUGGAAUGUCAUCAUAGAGGCUCCGCCCGAGUUUGCAGAUCUUAUCUUGUUCUCCCUGUCCUCCCCAUUUGAUUUUCACUUUAUUGAUGAUAUCAAUGGACGGACGUGCUUACACGAGGCUGCCAUGGCGGGCACACCUCGAUUGGUCAAUCUCUGCAUAGAGAAGCAGGUCUCCAUCGACAAAGUGGAUGCUUAUGGACGGACAGCUCUUCAUUACGCUGCAAUGAAUGGACAUGCAGCUAUAUGUCGUCGAUUAUUGGAAACAGGACUACCUCUGAAUAAUCUGGACAUCGACAAUUACAGCCCAUUGGUGUAUGCCACCUUGCGCGGGUGUGUCGAGUGUGUCGAGGUGCUUCUCGAGCACGAGGUUCCCCCACAACCCGCUACACCAGGUGGAGAUCUUAUACCUCUGUCACUUGCUAGCCAAUGCGGCUAUGUCGACAUUGUCGUCUUGUUACUCAAACGUGGUGCAAAGUGUUUGCCUAAUAGCAACGGUGAAUAUCCUAUGCACCUAGCGGCACGUGAAGGCCAUGCUGAAGUGUGCAAAAUACUACUUCACCAUGACGGUUGGGAUACGCCCGAUAAAUAUCAUGAAUGGACGCCCUUGUUCCAUGGCUCGCGGUAUGGACACGAAGCAUGCGUUUCCAUCCUCUUGGAAGCGGGUAGCAGAGUCUUUCUGACUGACGAACUAGGCCAUUUACCUGUGCACUAUGCUGCGUGGUAUGGUCAUCACGAAUGUCUCAAUCGCCUUCUUGAAGCCUCCGCUCGCAUACCGGCUGUAGCAGAAAUCGUCGCAAUGCCGGAUGUUUCGCCCAAUUCAGAUCAGAACGGACAUGCUAGGGAAUUCGAGAUCGACAUGAUUCCCUCUCUUUCCUUACCUCCGCCAAUCAUGCCUCAUCGCGUGUAUGGACAUAACUACUUGGAUCGUAGUCACUUGGUCCAAGUAACUGUGGGAAACACUUCUCGCAACCAAACACCUAGUGUCAGAUUGCAUCAUCGUCUGAUAAGCCCCGCCUUCCGUGAUGAAUAUCUAUUGAAGACUGCGCCACUCAAACUUGUCAUCACAACCAAGAGUCCAGAAGUGAACUCCGCACCAUAUAGUAUCUCGUUGCCCCAGAGAGACGACAAGGGCGUAUUUAUAUUCCAGAUACCUAACCUCAAUUGUCUGUGCUUGGAGUUUUCCAUCUAUCCUAAUUUUGGGACGAAAACUAUUGGGCGUGCCGUGGCGCUUCCUUCGCUCUUCACCGAUAUCGAGAACAACCAGUCCUUUACGCUUCCUAUCAUGGACAAUAGACUUCACGUCGUUGGGGAGGUCACUUUCGAAGUCAACAUCAUUACAUCUUUCAAUGGCGUGACCCUCGAAGUGGGAGGCGAUGUCGAAACCUACUGGAAAUCGACAAUAUCUUCUUCAAUACAACAGCCUAUCUCGACGUCGCCGUACCGGUCAGGUCUCGUUGGUUCUACACAGACAUCACCUUCGACUCACUCCAUAUCCGGAGCUGGCACCCAGUCUUCGACGAUCUCUUCGCUGAGGGGAAAGUAUCUCUACGUUGUUGUCCAGGUCACGCGGGAUUCUAUACCAGUCGUGUUCUCACACUGGGGUCUCCCGGAAUCCAACUUCAAUCUUAGUGUAUGUGAUGUUACCUUGGCGCAGUUCGAGGCUCUUGCAGAACGACUCGGACGGAAUGUCGAUAAUGUCACCGCGUCAUCAAUAACUGAUUGGCCGGCUUUUGUCUUUUGGUCAAUGAUGUCUCUCUCACAGCUGUUAAAGAUACUUCCCCCCAACAUCGGCAUCAGUUUAGAACUGGCAUAUCCCUCACCCAAAAUCCGGGAGCGAUAUUGUCUAAGUCGGUUAGAUCUCAACAGUUUUGUAGAUUCGAUUUUGAGGACAAUUUAUAACACCUCCACUGAUGGCCGACUUCCUCGUCGGAGAAUCGUCUUUACGUCGUUUUCACCGGAUGUCUGCGCUGCCCUGAACUGGAAACAACCGAAUUACCCUGUUUUCUUCGCUUCUCAUUGUGGAAAGAAGGACAUUUUCUUGUCUAGUCCUUCGCCGUUUACUCUUGAAGAUGAGGAUGAUGGAAGGUUCUGUAGCCUUGGAGAAGCAGUUGAGUUUGCGCGGAUCAAUAAUCUUUUGGGUGUCAUCGUCGAUGCCGAUCUUUUGCUGCAAGUACCUUCAUUGGUCCAAGGCAUCAAGAAUGUCGGUCUAUUGGCUGGCAUACAUGGAACUUCGGAGCGAUCAACGCCUUUGACAACCGGUGGAGAUGGUUCCAUUGAUGCAUAUCUCUCCGACGGUUUUGCCGUAUAUCUCGACCACUCAAUGCAGGAGAUUUAA